AUGGCCAAAGGCGUCAUUCCAAGAGGCAUUGCCUUUGUUACCGGAGGUGCACGGGGGCUGGGAAACGCAGUUGCCGUCUCCUUCGCUCGAGAAGGGGCCGCCGGUGUUGUUUUGGUGGAUAUCAUGGACGAAGAGGGGUUCAAAGCAGGGAAAGAGGCGGUAGAAAAGUAUGGGACAGAGUGUCUUGUGAUCAAGGCAGACGUCACGAAGGAAGACCAUGUGCGCAACGCCAUCGCAGAGGCCGUGAGAAAAUUUGGUCGUAUCGACUAUGCAGCCAACUUCGCUGGCAUCGGAGGCGCUAUUGGCAUGACUUGGGAUGUGGCAGUCGAAGACUGGCGUAAAGUUAUUGAAGUGAACCAAAUCGGCGUUUGGCUCUGCACAAAGUAUCAGCUGGAGCAGAUGAAGAAGCAGGAGCCGCUCCAAAUGCCUGAUGCACGACCUCAACGUGGCUCGGUGGUAAAUUGCGCAUCGGUCAAUUCAAUCCAAACAGUGGCCAUGUCUUCUGCUUACACGGCAUCUAAACACGCCGUGGUAGGAUUUACAAAGACAGCGGCAUUGGAAGCUCGCCAGUACGAUAUCCGCGUCAAUGCAAUUUCCCCAGGUUUCUUGAGAACCAACCUCGUCCUCGGCGCCAUCCAAAGCCUUGACGGAAGUAUCAAUACAGCCUGGGAGCAACUCGAAGCACGCCAAGGCAGGGCGGGAGGAUUCAAUGAGAUAGGAGAUGCAGCAGUCUUCCUCAGCUCCCCAAAGCUCAGCUUAGUGAACGCACACAAUCUUGUGGUGGAUGGCGGAUUCACUAUCAAUUAUGGAUCUAGUUAG